AUGGCUGAUGCUGAGACUAUUAAGAAGAUUGAAGAUGGCUAUGCUAAACUUCAAGCCUCAAAUGAGUGUCACUCACUUUUGAAAAAGUAUUUGACAAAAGAAGUUAUGGAAAAACUUAAGGCUAAGAAAACCAAGCUUGGAGCUACACUUCUUGAUGUCAUUCAAUCUGGAGUUGCUAAUCUUGAUUCUGGAGUUGGUGUUUAUGCACCAGAUGCCGAAGCAUAUACUCUUUUCAAAGAUCUCUUUGAUCCACUCAUUGAGGAUUACCAUAAUGGAUUUGGACCAAAUCAAGUUCAACCAGCUACAGAUCUUGGUGAAGGAAAAUACAAUACAUUACCUGAUCUUGAUCCAGAAGGUAAAUAUAUCAUUUCUACACGUAUUCGUUGCGGAAGAUCAUUCCAAGGAUUCCCAUUUAAUCCAUGUUUGACUGAAGAAAAUUACAAAACAAUGGAAGCUACAGUUAAAAAAGUUUUUGACAAUUUGACUGAUGAAGAGUUAAAAGGAACUUAUUAUCCACUUCUUGGAAUGACAAAAGAAGUCCAAAAUCAACUUAUUGCUGAUCAUUUCCUUUUCAAAGAAGGAGAUAGAUUCCUUCAAGCUGCCAAUGCCUGCCGCUACUGGCCAGUUGGAAGAGGUAUCUUCCACAACAAAAACAAGACAUUCCUUGUCUGGGUUAAUGAAGAAGACCAUCUUCGCAUUAUUUCUAUGCAACCAGGUGGUAAUGUAGGACAAGUUCUUGAAAGAUUAAACAAGGGUGUUAAAACUAUUCAAUCUCAAGCUCCAUUUUCAAGAGAUGCCAGACUUGGAUGGUUAACCUUCUGUCCAUCUAAUCUUGGAACAACUGUCAGAGCCUCUGUUCAUGUUAAACUUCCAAAAACUUCUGCUCGCCCAGACUUCAAGGAAAUUUGUGACAAAUUGAAACUCCAAAUUCGUGGCAUUCAUGGAGAACAUUCUGAAUCUGCUGGUGGAGUUUAUGACAUUUCAAACAAAGCAAGACUUGGAUUAACUGAAUUUGAGGCUGUUAAACAAAUGUACGAUGGCGUCAAGUACCUUAUUGAUUUGGAGAAGAAAGCUAAUUAA